GGACCAAGUCAAGUGAUCCGUCCGUCUUGGUCAGGGACGGACAGGAGAGUGUUCUGUUCUUCUGUUACUAAUGUGUCUCUCCCAAGGCAUAGAGGUAGAGAAUCAGUAGCCUAGAUAUAUUUCCCCCUCCAAAGGCACAGAGCAAUUAGAGUUAGAUCAUUGUGAAGGUAAUCCCUUGUAAUAAGGACAAACCCUACAGUGUUGUAGGUCACACACUUCUGUUACUGCAGUACCUUAUUUAUCAACAUGAAACAAAUCCUAUGAUACACUUAAUGAAACAGUCUAUCUGCAUCAACAUGUAUGACUAACUUCCCUCUCUAUUUCUCAAUGGGGGAAAAUUAAUAGAUACAAAUAUCUAUGCCAAUAUCUACGUCUAAUGUACUCCCUUUCUGUCUGUAAAUAGGUGAUUCUCCAUGUGGAGAAUGUGAAUGAAGCUCCUCUAUUCCAUAUUAAAUUAUAUACAGCUGAAGUCUUCAAUGUGGCCACAUCUAAAUUUCCUGUGGUGCAAGUCAAGGCCACAGACCCUGAUGUGGGGGAGAGUGAGAGACUGCAGUACUCCCUGAUGGAGCCCAGCUCCCUGUUUGCUGUGAAGCCCUCUAGUGGUCUGGUGUAUGUAGUGUCAGCUGCAGGUGAGAGGGGGAAUGUGACCCUGCAGGUGAAGGCAGAAGACCCGCAUGGACUCUACGCCACAGCAACAGUGGAGGUGACCAUAAAGGACAGUCCCAGAAGUGACGUCGUGGUGAUUUCUCUGAACCAGGGAACUGACACUGUGGUGAACAAAACCCUCGAUAUGAAAGAAGCUCUGGAGAGGGCCCUUGGCUGGUCUGUUAGCAUCAUCAGCAUCAGCAGCAGCAGGGAAGGGUUGGCCCUGAGUCGUACCACAGAGAUCCACUCACUCCAAAGACAAGACACCCCCAAGACAUACGUCAGCUUCAUAGCCACCGACACAAGUGGAACUAAUGUCAUACCAAAGGAAACAGUCCAGAAGAAACUACUGGAUGAUGAGGAGAACGUUCUGGAGGAGUUUCGGCUAGUCUUUGGUUUAGGAGUGCAGUUCGAUGUGGUAGAUGAGGGUGGCAGUCCCAACAAAACUACCGAAAUCGUCCUGGCAACAGUGAUACCAUUGAUCAUUAUCAUAAUUAUUGUGGGCUUGUCGAUAUGGAAACUCAGAGGCUCAACGGGCCUGAAGCCACUAAUUCAACCCAAGCCGCCGGGGUCAACCAGGAGGGCUUCCAGAGACUCAAUGGACAUAAAGCCUGUUUUUAAGGAGUCAGGAGUUGAACCCAGGCCGCCGGGGUCAACCAGAAGGGCUUCCAGAGACUCAAUGGACAUGAAGCCUGUUUUUAAGGAGUCAGGAGUUGAACCCAGGCCGCCGGGGUCAACCAGAAGGGCUUCCAGAGACUCCAUGGACAUGAAGCCUGUUUUUAAGGAGUCAGGAGUUGAACCUAGGCCGCCGGGGUCAACCAGAAGGGCUUCCAGAGACUCAAUGGACAUGAAGCCUGUUUUUAAGGAGUCAGGAGUUGAACCCAGGCCGCCGGGGUCAACCAGAAGGGCUUCCAGAGACUCAAUGGACAUGAAGCCUGUUUUUAAGGAGUCAGGAGUUGAACCCAGGCCGCCGGGGUCAACCAGAAGGGCUUCCAGAGACUCAAUGGACAUGAAGCCUGUUUUUAAGGAGUCAGGAGUUGAACCCAGGCCGCCGGGGUCAACCAGAAGGGCUUCCAGAGACUCCAUGGACAUGAAGCCUGUUUUUAAGGAGUCAGGAGUUGAACCCAGGCCGCCGGGGUCAACCAGAAGGGCUUCCAGAGACUCAAUGGACAUGAAGCCUGUUUUUAAGGAGUCAGGAGUUGAACCCAGGCCGCCGGGGUCAGCCAGAAGGGCUUCCAGAGACUCAAUGGACAUGAAGCCUGUUUUUAAGGAGUCAGGAGUUGAACCCAGGCCGCCGGGGUCAACCAGAAGGGCUUCUAGAGACUCCAUGGACAUGAAGCCUGUUUUUAAGGAGUCAGGAGUUGAACCUAGGCCGCCGGGGUCAACCAGAAGGGCUUCCAGAGACUCAAUGGACAUGAAGCCUGUUUUUAAGGAGUCAGGAGUUGAACCCAGGCCGCCGGGGUCAACCAGAAGGGCUUCCAGAGACUCAAUGGACAUGAAGCCUGUUUUUGAACCCAGGCCACCGGAGUCUUAA